AUGUGCGCGCGAAACCCCUCCUUCCAGCAUGGGCUGGAAGGAAAGGAGGAGGGGGAGGAGGAACACAGCUGUCCACUCACGCGAGAGAAGGAAAGCCACACUGUUGUACAACAUUCCCCCCACAGCCACAGAGGGACUGCUGACGGGGGCGGGUAUGUGUGUGUUCUUGGCAGUGCACUCGCAAGGGCCGCCGCCGCAAUGAACCGUUUCUCUGUGCGUCUGCUCGGGAACUACUCCCGGACGCCUGGCGCUCAGCAACACUCGCAGGCAGCACAGACAGUGUCUUCGUCGACCACUCGUUCUUCUUCUGUUCUCGGUUCUUUGGUUCGUAUGCGUAAUCAGUUCCAUCGACUGCGCCAUGCCCAACAGCAACAGGCGAUCACAGCUGUGUCGGCGCGGUACCGACUGCAUGCAGCAGUGAGGACGCCAGCCGCCACCACUUCUCGGACAGCAUGUCAGAUCGAUAUGGACGAUUUCGUCGGACAAGAGGACAGCAGCGAUGCCGGAAGCUCCGCCACUCCGUCUGUUCUUCAAACCGCCGUAAUUCUCUGCACCGAGGCACUGCGACUUCUUAGCGGAGAGGUGCGCUGCAAUGAUACUCUUUCAGAUGUGCCGCAGAACUCCCCAUCGUAUGGCUCAGAGAUCGGUAAGCUGCUCACCACUGCCUCAGCCUUUGGUGCCUCGACUACCUUCCCUCGUGUGCAGCAGGCACUUCAUUGGAUUAAGUUAAACAAGGAGUUGCUGCUUACUCCGCGGCAGGUGAUGUCCCUGUGUAUGCCCUUGAUCACUCUGGCCGAUGGGGCAACAGCUGGGGUGGCGUUUGUGCUCGAAGAGCUUUACGAGCCUCUCUUGUUGGCGCUGCAAGACGUGGCCUCUACCUCAACGGCAUCAGCUCCUGAGUCAGCAGACAGCGCCUCCAGCAAUACUACGGCCGUCGUGCAGCAGAAUCUAGUUGCUAUUACGUCAGCCAUGGGUAUGGUGGCAAAGUGGUCCGGCCUGCGGCUCGGCAGCAAGUCGAAGGAGUCGCUCACGUCAUCAUCUUCGGAGUCACAAGCGACAGCGAAGCCUAAUGUAGCUGUUAAGGAGCUCGAUAAGAUGCUGAGGAUUGCUGAGGCGUGCGUGGCGGCGCUCAGGCGCCAGUGCGAUCGUUGCAGUCGCAGCGGCCCCGAUGAGGCUUUUGCAGCGAUGGCGCACCUCUCCCCAUCUGACGUGCUGCAGUGGAUUCAGUGCCUCCACGGACUCGAAAAGAUGCUCAUGUUGGUGACACCCACACUGGGGGCUUCUCGUGACCAAGCAGAGUCCGCAUCGCGACGCAUUCUCCUGUGCUACCGUGCCUUGCUGCCCUUGGUGCAGCGGACUCUGGAGCUAGCCGGCGGAGGCACCGGUGCGGCUGUCGCCGCUGUCAGCGGCACUGCAAGCAGUGCCACCUUGGCAACGGGGGCGACCACCACAGGCGUCCGAGUGGCGGAUGCUGUGGAGCUUAUUCAGGUGGGACUGCACGCUAGCAUCGAACCUACCCAUGGCGACCUGGUGCUCUCCUACGGUCUGCAGGCACUGCCCGUCUCACUGGCUUCCGCCACUGUCAAGGAUCUCAGCGAUGUUGCGCAAGUCGUGAACAGAGCUCGACAGCGACGACCGUCUGCCCUUUCGGCACCACUGCUGCUCUCUAUUCAAGCAGCCUUUCGUCCCGCUCUAUUUCUAUUGCAUGAGACGCAUGCCGUGCAGCUCCGCGCGUCUGACUGUGGCAUCCUUCUUUCGAGUCUCUCCCGCUGGGAAGAGGUGCCGGGGGUGACGGUCAGCGCCGACAUUGUUGAGCUCCUGUCCCAGCGCUUCGGGGAGCAAAUGCACGUCGUUGGCGCAGGCCAGCUUGUGCCCUUUGUAGCGUCCCUCGCUCGUUUCGAGGAGAGGCAACGCCGGCCGCGGAAUAGCGGUGCUGCAGGCCAGUCUGUCGAAGGUGCCGCGGAGAAAGGCGAGGACCUGGCAGACGAGGAUGCCCAACUGGCCGCCUCAGGCGUGGUAUGGGGGCCACCAGAGGCUACAGCAGACAGUUUCAUGUCGUCACCGCUUCGCGGACCACACCGGCGCGGUGCAGCCGUGGUCCGCUACCGUUUCUCCACGACUUUGCGUGUUGUGUCGCAGUGCGUCCAGCGCGCCAUUGUGCUGGCCGGUGACAAUGAGACCCCCGGUGAACCGACGACACCACCACGUCUUCUCGCCACCGAUGCAGCGCAGCUGCUAACGUCCUUUGUCCAGCUUUCCGCUCCGCGGUGCGCCGACUUCUUUAACAAGGUGGAGCCACUGCUCGCUCACGCCAUACAAGACUAUGCCGACACGCCAUCCCCCGACUCAGCAGCGAUCCGCCUGAGCGUAGCCACGGGGGACGCGGUCCAACGCUUUGCGCGGUACGCCGCUCAACAGUGUGAGGAAACGGGGCCACAGUGCUCAAAUCCAACAUCGCAGGAGCCAAAGGAGGAGGCCAUUGUUCUCGGGAUGCAACGUGCCACUGCCUUAUUGAACGGCGUGUCACGCGGGCUUACGAAGCUCAUCCUCGAUGCUGCUAGUCCGAAGGAUCUGGUACUGACGUGCUCUGUGUUGCGCCACCGGCUGCUGGGCAAACGUGCAACGGCUAGUGACGUCGUAGUGAACGGCGACGAGGGGGCGCUGGGGCAGCCGAAGAACACCACACCGAGCAUCGCUGCUGCGCGCACGCGUACACGGGCGUCUCCGCGGACGUGGACGAAAAGAGAGGUAAAGUUGGCCACCGUCUUCGCCACCCAAGCGGUGAAAGUGGCACCGGAGUGCAACGGUGUAGAGCUGAGCGCGCUUGCCAGUGUCGCGUCCUCCCUGUGCACUGCAGGCGUGCUGCCGCGACCAGUGGCCCAGCAACUCAUGCGCGCCAUGUGGGCCCGCUGCGCAGCAGGGCUUGCUGUCGCCCCGCGUGGCGAGGCCGCGAGGUCAGAGGCAGCGGCUCUUACGCUCAGCUUGGAUAACUGCAAAACUCUCAUGGAUGCGUCCCGCUCGACCUGCUUGUCGGGAACGCUACCACCUCUCAUUUUCCUGGAGGUGUUUAUGUCCCAGUGCGGUGCGCUUCUGGAGGAGAACGCUGGCGUGGUCCGCGAUGAGGACUCGCUCUCGACCGUGCGCGGGACGGCACGAGCCCACAUCGAGGCCAUCACGAAGCUGCGCCGCGCCUCGGACUUGGGGCGGUCGCUGGUGUCCUACUUCGGGUCGCUGCGACCACUUCUUGAUACGGCAAGUGGCGACACGGUGAUGCAGAACACACCCUGGCGAGAGGCUCAAGUAGGUGCGUUAGAGUCCUACCUGGAAGUUGUCCAUUCUGCAGUGGAAAAGUACGCGGAAGAGGCCACAUGCUCUGAAACGUGGUGGACCGAGUCGGACGGCGGCAGCCCGCCACCGAUGCCGCUGGAGCUGCUCAGCACAAUCGCCAACGUGACGGCACAGAUUUAUCGACUGGCGCACAGCGGCGACGACUCGACGAAGCGAGGCCACGGCAUACCCGCAGCGGUAUCUGCCAUCCCCGACGAAGUACUGGACGCAGAGGGCGAUGAGCUGUACGGCAGCGUGACAGUGGAGGAUGGCGUAGGAGGAGUGUCCCUACCCGAGUUGGGAAGCAAAGCACUGGAACAUGAUGUGGGACGGUUGCCUCUCCUCGAUAGCCCACCGGCAGGCCUUUCCACUGCCACUCUUGAUCAGGCAGUCCGCGACACUCUGGGGCUGCUAGGCGAUACUAUUGUGGCUCUCGCCAGGCAGCAAGAGCCGCUUUCUUCAAGUGUCACUGCAAGUACGUGGGAUGAGACAGCAGGAGAAAAGGAGCGUCUCACAACUGCACCUUUUCACGUCUUAGUACAGAACCCAAAGCACCUCCUGAUGCUCUUGCGGGCCUUCGAAACGGUCCAGCACACGCAUACAGAGAUGCUGUACAGCAUCUUGCCGGAGCUGCACGACUGCGCUGACCGGCUUGAUCCAUUGGAGUUGUCAUUGCUCAUUCGCGCCUUGGCGCAGCUAGGGGCUUGGAAUAGCCGCCUGCUGAGCGCACUUGCUGCCGCCGUGACAUCGAAGAUGGAUAAGUGCGAGUUGCGGCAGUGCUACACGCUGCUGCGCGGACUGUGCCGCUCUGGCUGCGCCAGUCCAGAAACGUACGUGGAGCUGCGCUCAUUACCACAGAACGACUGGUAUACCGGCCACGACGGUGCACUGAGCAAGGCGGCGGCGGCGCAGAAGCCAUUGCAGCGUUUGGCGGAAAGUGCGUUGCUCCGCUUGGACACAUUUGUGCGCACCAAGGACGCCUUCAUGUCUUUGGCGCGGACGGCUGCUGCGGCGGACUUGGUGGGUGUGGUGAAGACCCUGUGCUUCUUUCAUGCGCCGCCGCCAGCGACGUACGACGCUUUCGUGGUGCUCGCCAUUCGCAGGCUUGUCUCUCAGGCACAGCGUCUGUCUCUCCGAACUGUUGUUCAACACACCACUGCGUUGCUCAACGCCGUCUCGGAACUUCGACAGCCAGAUCAACAACGCGUCUCGGCGCAGGCGUUGUGGACGAUUCUGCGCCGAGCGUUUGCGUCAUUCAAUGCAGCCGAUGCGACGGGCGCGUUCGAUGGUGCGCUGGACCUACAGGCGUGCUGGGAGCUCACCCGAUUUGCCGCCUUGCAUUCCCUGCAAUACGGUCGAGGGACGACGCGGGACUUCUUUGCACCCAUCGUCGUCUCGACCACGGGGCAGCGAGUGGCCAGUUGCGCAAGUGUGACUCAGACGCAUCUUGGUAGCCUCAUCGAGGCGCAUGCAUCGGACUUCGCGGCGAGCACCCGCUCACCUUUGCCUCCCUUGACGGCAGCUGAGCGUGCUGCUCUCCGUCGAUACGCGCUUCACGCCUCACCGUGCCUGGUGCGCGGAGACCGUGAGCUUGAAGCCUACGUGUGCGCACCCCUGAAACUUGCUCGCCUGAUCGCGGCCGGUGACCCAAGCACGCUCGUGCACGUUGCCACUACUGCCGCUCCGGCAGCUCAAGGGCGACGGUGUAUACGGCUGCUUGCAUGUCUCCUCCGCAGUGACUUGUGGCCUCCUUCAAUCUCAGCUGCGACGCCCAAUACACAAAUGCUGGUAGCUGCGUUGCGGCGGUUGUGGACGGCGGCUGAGCUUCACAGCUUCCUACACCAUUCGCCAGGAGCUUUCUCUGCCGAGGAGUUGCUGGUUCUGGCAGCUGCCGCCGAUCGUGUGCAUCAAUACAGCGCAGAUUCCGACAGCUGGAGGGAAGAUUGUAUCGUGGCUGUGCGCCAGUUGUGUGCCGCCACAACGGAGUGGCGCCUCCCUGCUGCCGUGGACGCAUGGAUGCUCUUCGCCAUGCCUAUUGUGGCGAGCUCCUCGAUGCUGGCGACCCCGCUGCUAAGUUACAGCGAUGAGCUCUUCUCAAUGCUAGUGGGGAGCGGUGGCGUGCUCGUAACGAGGUUCGCGCACGCACAACGGUCAUGGACGACAAGUGGGGCGCGAAUGCUGCCGGAGCUGCUGCGUCUAUUCUGCGGUCCUGGCCAGCUCGAUGUGGCAAUGCUGCAUUCGGGGGCUGUCGGUGGCGACACGCUGCCGUUCACGCUUCCAAACACCGCCGCCGAUGCAUCAGCCGCAACGGCACGUUUUGUAGAAGUGUACGGGGAGCUGCUCCGCUGCUUUUCCUCGUGCCUCGUUGGAACUCACGGAGGCGCGCCUGAGUGA